GCUUUGCCUGUGGGACCACUGAAAGCAACCAGUGACUUCAAUGUUCCUCACAGAGGUUUCUGUAUUACCGCUCAUCCCCAACUUCACUUGGCCGCGGUCUCCUGCAGCUUCUCAUCUUGUGAGAUCUAACUAUACUGGUGUGAUCACACUGUACUAGUGUGAUCGAACAGACAACUUUAGAUCACAGUAGUAUAAACUAUAUCAGUAUGGAAUAGAUUAUUUUUUUCCAUUAAAAGAUAAAUUCCACAGUAUUGUUCCAUUCACAAAAUAAUGUCACAUUUAACAAAAUCAUAUCACAAUCCUACGCAGUACUCGGUACUUCCUUCCCAUGCAUUAACUUUAGGGUGCACUAUACUUUUCUUUAUGAGACUCUCAUAAACUCGCUGCUUAUUAAAAGGCAAGAUCUGCAAUAAUUUGCAUACUUCCAGGACAUGGUAUUUUUAGGAAGAAUCAACAGCAGUUAUGUUACAAAAAGUAAUAAAAAAUUACAGUCUUAAAAGGUAGUGCCUAUUUCAGUAGCACCGACUCACAAGUUAAAGUACUAUAUCCAGUAUUAAUUUGGGGAAUUUUUAUUUUAGCCACUGCUCUAAGAAAAAUACAUCAUGGAUAAAUAUGAACUCAUUAAACAAAUUGGAGAAGGAUCUUUUGGCAAAAUAUUCUUGGCCAAAGGAAAAAUGGAUGAUGAGCCAUGUGUUAUCAAAGAGAUCAAUUUAACUAAGAUGCCUGUGAAAGAAAAAGAAGCCUCUGAGAAAGAAGUCAUUCUGCUGGCCAAGAUGAAGCAUGCAAAUAUUGUAACCUUCUAUGCUUCUGUGCAAGAAGAGAACAAGCUAUAUAUUGUGAUGGAAUACUGUGAUGGUGGCGAUUUAAUGAAGAGGAUAAAUAUGCAGCAUGGAGUGCUGUUUGACGAGGACCAGAUUCUCAGUUGGUUUGUGCAGAUCUCCUUGGGCUUGAAGCAUAUUCAUGACAAGAAGAUUUUGCACAGAGAUGUAAAAACACAGAACGUUUUUCUUAGCAAUAAUGGAAAGGUAGCAAAGCUUGGGGACUUUGGCAUAGCGAGACAGUUGAACAGUACUGCAGAGUUUGCCCAUACCUGUGUAGGGACCCCCUAUUACCUUUCACCUGAGAUAUGUGAAAAUCGACCAUACAACAACAAAACAGAUAUUUGGUCUCUUGGCUGUGUGCUUUAUGAGCUGUGUGCACUAAAGCAUCCUUUUCAAGGCAAUAGUUUGCAUGAACUGGUGCUAAAGAUUUGCAGAGGACGUUUUCAACCAGUGUCUCCUAACUAUUCCUAUGACCUGAGGAUAUUGAUUUCCCAGUUGUUUAAAAUAUCUCCGAGAGAUCGACCAUCCAUCAAUUCUAUUCUAAGGAAGCCCUUCUUGCAGAAGCUUGUUCUCAGGUAUCUGCCCCCUGAGGUAGCUCGGGAGGAACUCAGUCACACUGUGGUACAUAGGAAAAGGCCUUCAGCAUCUCACUCUAGAGCCAAGCAGAUACAAGCAUAUAAACUUCAGAAAACAAGAGUCCAGCACCCAGUUUCUCUGGAAUCUGGAAUAGUGAUGCCUUUCAAGAAACAAGAAUUAUUUCAAAGAAAUGAAUGGAAGCCUCCUUCAAGAGUACAGCAGCCUGUUAUUCAGCCACAGGCCUCCAGAUUUAAUAUGGCAGAAAGACCAGGAAGCAUUAGAGUACAUGGUCAUUGUGGUCAUUACUAUGAGAAGCUUGACAACUUGCAAAGGAAAGCUAAUGCAUAUGAUGACCUUUCUUAUGUCAGUCAAAGAGUUGAAGAUUACUAUGAACUAAAAGUUGCGCCUCCACCUCCACCACCUGACUGGACUGCAGAAUUUCUUCAAAGGCGGUUUGAAGCCCAGCAGUACAAGAUUAAAGUGGAAAAACAGAUGGGACUGCGACCAUCCUCUGCUGACCCAUAUCAUGACCAAAUACAGCAGCAGAAAAGAAAGGAAGAGCAUCUCAAAAACCAUCAGCAAAACAUGUCUAGAAAGAAUGAAAUGAAAGAACAGGAGUAUUUGAAACAAUUGCAGAAAAUUCGGGAAGAAUACCACAGUGAUAUAAAAGAAUUCAGAGUUAGAGCAGGAGUACUCCAGGAGAACCAGAAAAUACAAGAUAAAACCUAUCUUGUGAGGCAAGGGAAAGCUGAGCAAAAGUCUGAAAACAAAGAUAUAUCUGGAACAGGAGAAGAGUCACUUCAGGAUAUGGAGGAAAACUUUAAACAAGCCAGACUGCAGGAUAGGCAAGACCAAAUAAUAUUAGAAAAGAGACAUAACACAAAAGGAGGAGUGAAAUUUGAAAUUAAUUUAGAUGUAUGUUUUCCUGAGGAAGAUAGCAUUCAAGAAGCAGAGGUGUUAGAUAAACUCAAUGAGACUUUAACUUUUGUGGAUGGUGAGAAUCUUAAGGAGAAAUUGGUGGAAGUUUAUGAAAAUGAUGCAGACAGAGCUUUGGAAAAGCUGUCUGACUACCCAGAAGAGUCUAUACAUGAUAUGAAAAAACCCAGAAAACAUUGGCAACCUGGAGCCCCUCAGACUCUACUGAAUUUUUUAGCUGGUGCUGAAGUCACAUCUGCAUGUUCUACUAUGGCUGGAAAUGAACUAGCUCACCAUGUUAUUCUGCCUGAAGACAUCCCAGAAAACAGAAAGCAGUGGAAACAGACACCACCAGAGACACUCCUGAGCAUUUUAGCAAAAGCAGAGCUGUCUGAUGAUUCUUUUAUCUGUUUUGAGGAAGACAAAGAAGAGAGAUUAACUUUGUUGCCUCCAGAAGAAAACAAGGAAGAUGAUUCAGAAACAUACUCUGCUGUUGAUGUUGAUGAAGGUAGACUUGAGCCAAGAUCAGAUGGUGAAGACACAAAUUUUGAAGAUUCUGAAGAUGAACUCAGACACGAGCUGGAGGAAUCUCUGGAAAAACUGUCAACUUCUCCAGCAGAAGAGUCUCACAUCUUUUCAAUAAAUAAAGGUCAAACAGACGAAGAGGAGUUUACUCACACACUUGAAAAAUCUGAUGAUGAUUUAGAAAAUAAUCAUGGGUAA